UUUUGCAAAAACCAAACAUCCUACACCAACCCAAAAAAUUUGUCCAUUUUUUUAUUUGCUUCAACUAUAGUCCCCCUCCCAAACUUUAGCACUAUACCACUUUGUAGUGAAGAAAAUAAACAACAACAAAAAAAAGAAGAAAAAAAAAAGAAGAAGGUAUGUGCAAUCCCAAGCCCUCUUCCCCUCCCUCCAAUAAAAACCACUUCAUAAACCCCAUCAAGACCAUGGAUGCUGAUUUUUCCGAUGCAGACGACGACCUUCUUCGAUGGCCUAGCACGUCUGAGGUCCUUGAAGAAAUGAAGGAGAUAGGCAAAAUCUCAUGCCCCACAGCCAUGACAGGGCUAAUCCUCUACUCAAGGGCCAUGAUCUCAAUGCUCUUCCUGGGCUACCUCGGCGAGUUGGAGCUCGCCGGGGGCUCCCUGUCCAUCGGAGUAGCCAACAUCACUGGCUACUCCGUCAUCUCUGGCCUGGCGAUGGGCAUGGAGCCCAUCGCCAGCCAGGCCUGCGGUGCGAAGCAGAUGAAGGUCCUGGGCCUGACUCUCCACCGCACCAUCCUCCUCCUCCUCGCCGCCGCGGUCCCCAUCACAGUGAUGUGGCUCAACAUGAGGACUAUUCUACUCUGGUGCAACCAGGACGAGGAGAUAUCGUCUGUGGCUCACACAUUUAUCGUCUACGCCAUCCCGGACCUCUUUUUCCUUGCAGUGCUUCACCCGCUCCGGAUCUAUCUCCGGUGCCAGGGUAUCACAUUGCCUGUCAGCUAUUGUUCAUUUGCUUCUGUUUUCUUCCACGUCCCUCUGAACUACCUCCUGGUCGAGUAUUUCUCGAUGGGGGUAGCUGGAGUGGCGCUGGCGAUGGCUCUCACGAAUCUCAACCUUGUCCUUUUGCUCUGCGGCUAUGUUUACUUCUCCGGUGUUUACGAGGAUUCCUGGGUGGGCCCGAGCCGGGACUGCUUGCGUGGCUGGUCGGCGUUGGUGGGGCUGGCCGUGCCGACGUGUGUGUCUGUGUGCUUGGAGUGGUGGUGGUACGAGCUGAUGAUAAUUCUAUGUGGUUUGCUCCCGAAUCCGAAGGCGACGAUUGCUUCGAUGGGGAUUUUGAUUCAGACGACCUCUUUGAUUUAUGUGUUCCCUUCUUCCUUGAGCCUCGGCGUCUCGAUUCGAGUCGGGAACGAGCUCGGGGCCGGGCGCCCCGCCCGGGCCAGGCUCGCGGCCGCGGUCGCGCUCCUCUGCGCGGCGGCGAUGGGGGUGGCGGCGAUGGUUUUCGCGAUUUUGAUGAGGGGAAAAUGGGGGAGGCUCUUCACGGACGACGCCGGAAUUUUGGAGCUGACGGCGGCGGCAUUGCCGAUCGCCGGGAUCUGCGAGCUCGGGAACUGCCCGCAGACGACCGGCUGCGGCGUGCUGCGCGGCAGCGCGCGGCCGACGGUCGGGGCGAACAUCAACCUGGGCUCGUUCUACCUCGUCGGGAUGCCCGCGGCGUUCGUGAUGGGGUUCUGGCUGCGCCGCGGCUUCCCGGGGCUGUGGCUCGGCCUGCUCGCGGCGCAGGCAUCCUGCGCCGUGCUGAUGCUGGCCGUGCUCGGGCGCACGGACUGGAGGGCGCAGGUCGUGAGGGCGGAAGCCCUCGCGGCCUCCGCCUCCGCCACCACCGCCGCGCAGAGUAAUAACAGUAACAUUCUGCCGGUCUGCGCGGCGGAGCUGGCGGUGAUUGGUGUGUGUGGGAAUGAUCACACCGCCGCCGCGGUUGAAACGGAUCCGCUCAUCAUAAAUACACAAACAUUGCAUUGAAUUAAUUUAGGGUAGCUUCAUUUUUUUUUUUGUUUUGGGUUUUAUUAGAGGAGAGUGGAGAAAAAAUCUUGGGUUGGAGAUGUACUUAGUGGUGGAUCCGGGUGGGGUCGGGUGGACCGGCCCACCGUCGGCUCGGAGAAUUUCGGCCUUUCGAGCUGUCUCUGCCUUCAGAUGCUGGGACUACCCUGUUUAUUGCGUUCGACCGUACGAAUUCUAUUUACUGAAUUCGUUGUUGAUUGUAUUUACUAGCGUUCUCGAUUUGUACCGUUUCACGCUGUAGAGAUGUUUUAUUUCCAUAUUCCUUCACUUUUAUUUAACCUAUAGUAAAUGAUCGUUGAAGACA